CAAAGUGCACACAUCAAAUUCAUCCCCUAUCGACUACAUCCAGCAAACGAUCCAAAAAUCCAUCCAUCUCCAAUCCAAUCCCAUCCGAACACUCUACCAAAUCAUCUAUCGUACGGACCCUUUUUUUUUCCUAUUCAUGUCUCAGUCAAUGGAAAAACGUCAGUAAAUUCCCCAACCCAAAUACUUAUAUAUAUAAAAUUACAAGAAAAUCCCCGUAAUAUUGAUCCAACACGAAGACUUUUGGCCGUAUCAGAGAAUCACUCAUCAUCAACAAUCGUGAUUUUUUUUCCUACUUAACACCCGGAUAAAAUCAGUGAACCAUCCCCACCCUCAUAAUAAAAUUCUCUGCUUUAUCCACCUCUUCUCUGUCUUGCCUGAAUUUUUUUCUCUUUGUUAACCAAUCGGAACUUUUGUCUACUGAGGAUCUUGAGCAUAUAGAGGAUAGAAGGUAAUGGCGACAGGGGUUAAGGCGGUUCCGUUCGCUGCGGUGACUCAAGUUCUGGGCGUGGCUGCCCUUAUUCUGGUGCUUAUAUGGUGCAUUAGCUUCAGGGGUGGUUUAGCUUGGGAAUCCACCAACAAAAGCCUCAUCUUCAAUAUCCAUCCGGUUCUGAUGCUUCUUGGCUUGAUUAUAAUGGGGGGUGAAGCCAUUAUAUCCUAUAAAUCUCUCCCUCUUAAAAAGGAUGUGAAGAAACUUAUACAUCUGAUUUUGCAUGCUCUUGCCCUCAUACUUGGCAUCAUUGGGAUAUACACGGCAUUCAAGUUUCACAAUGAAAGCAAUAUCGCCAAUCUUUACAGUUUACAUUCUUGGCUUGGGAUAGGAAUUAUUGUUCUCUAUGGAAUACAGUGGAUUUAUGGCUUUCUGGUGUUUUUCUAUCCUGGUGGCACAUCACAUAUCAGGCGUGAAGUACUCCCAUGGCACGUGAUUUUUGGUAUUUUCAUAUAUCUCUUAGCAGUUGGAAAUGCCGCAUUGGGAUUCCUUGAGAAGCUCACCUUCCUCGAGAACUCAGGUCUUGCUAAAUAUGGUGCUGAGGCCUUCCUUGUCAAUUUCACAGCCAUUAUCACCAUACUAUUCGGAGCAUUUGUCAUCUUAACUGUCAUAUCUGAGCCGGUUGUAGAAGAUGAUACUGCCUAUACAGCCAUAUAACUGGUUUAAACAUGAUAGCUCUCCCAUGUAACUGUUUGCUUGUCGUUGUAUUAUGGGUUACAGAAGCAAAUAGCAGGUUUCCUCUCUGAUGGAUGGACAGAGAUGGAUAUUAUGGUCAUGCAAACUGUGGUGGAAUAAACCAGAAAUGUUACAGGCCAGGGAGAAUAUGGGGUUUGUCCUUAUGUCAAUGAAGCUGUACUAUUGGGAAAUUUAAACAUAGGAGUAUCUGAAUUCAUCAGACUAUCAGAGUACUACUCAACUUUAAGUUUAAGAAACGACUAAAAUGUCCAAAUGGUCCCGUACAUUUGUAUUUACUUGAAUUUUUGUCCCUAACAUUAACAUCUCAAUAUUGUAGUCUUUAACAUUAUGUUUUCAAACUUUUUUUUAUUUCAUUUCACUGUUUCGACCACUUUUCCAUCCAACUCGAUGUCGACUGCCGUUGACAUGCCAGAAUCAGGGAUAUUUUUGUCUUUAUACUUAAU